AUGGCCAACGCGGCAAUCAGCGAUAAAUAUAUGAGACAUAUUGGGCAGCUAACCGCCAAAUGUAAUUGUCAAGAUAACCACAUCGUAUGUCACCACCGCAGUUCCAUCGCCACCGCUGCCGUCCAAAAAACCAAGAUACUCGAGGAGACUAAAGACGGAGAAGUUAAAUGCAUUGCUAUUGAGCCGACGAUUCCCCCACCGCAGCCCGAGACAUAUACCGGACAUCUCGCUGUGCUUCGCAACCCAACUCAUAAAGAGUGGGAAUCAAGACCUCACAGAUAUCUUUCACCCACGCUCUGUAAUAUCUCACCGUAUUAUGUCAAACGAUUCGUCGAACCUCCAGUUCGUGAAAAGCUUCUCGAGGGAAAAUGGCCGGGGAAACACCAUGAAUUUACCAUGGGGAAGGCUCAAGAGGAUGAGAUUAAGAUUAUGCAAGAUAGUGGAGUGGUGUAUAAGAAGGAAAAAGACAAAUAUACCAGUCGAGUAGAAGCAGAGAGGAAGAGAAUAUAUGACUUCGAAAAGCAGCUUGAGAUUCUGAUGACGAAGAUACAGGAAAUUCGAUGGACGCGAGAGAAAGAAGAGGAAUUAUGCGAUUAUCUGGAACAUCUCGUUGGGGUUAAGGAAUGCGCGGAACAGCAGCGAGAAUUUGAGGAGCAGAAGAAGGAAUUUUUGGCCCAAGGGGAGAGGUUCAAAAAACGGAUAGAAGAACGGGUUGAGAGCAUGAUGCUUUCGUUUAAUUACGCGUGUGCAGCUGAAGUUCGAAGUUGGAGAUUGCUUGAUAGUAUUGCGCAGGCGCAUGAGCUGCUUUUGAGGGAUUUGGGGGAGUGUUUGGAGGAGCAGGAUGCGAAGAAGUGGAGGGAUCUGGAAAGGGAAAGGGUGGAAUGGGUGAAACGAAAGAGAGAGGGAGGGGAGGUGAGGGGAGGUGGAGGUGGAGGUGGAUGUUGA